ACACUUCUAAUUAAUUUAUUUUUAAUUUAUUUUCUUCUAGUUAUGGAAAAUAUCUGUUCAGUUUGAAUUUUGAAACGAACAGAGAUAGUCGGGGAGGGGGGGAUAUUUUAUUAGUCUGCCAACAAAAUUUGGAUCGAAUCCAAGUUUCUGAAUUUCGUUCGAAAAAUGGUCCAGGCUAGCUUGAUUCCUGUUUGCCUACGUUACUAUGGUUAUUCGCAAGAAAAUUUUUGUUAUUCAUGAAACUGAACCAAUCCAACAAAACUUUUGAUUUGUGUGCGCCCAAUAUUUGAUUUUGGAAAACGGCUUUUACUGCCAACUAAAUUCAUGCUAAAUCAUGCAUAAAUCAAAUGAAACGAUUAAAUAUGAAUAAUUUAAUUUCCCCCGUUUCGGCUCAAUCCCACAUUUCAAAAGACAAUCGACAAACGCCGUCUAACCGCCUGAUAUCCGAUUCAUUUUUCAUGAAUAUUUCAAUAAGAUUCACCAAAUAUAGAUUGUUUAAUUUAAUAUGAAUAUUCAGUUUUGCUCCUAACCUAACUGAAAAUCUUUAGAAUUUUCGGUAUAAAUCUCGGUACAAACCCUUACUUCGAGAAAGAACAUUUUUAGUCUGUGAAGCGCAAGGACUAUUCGAAGACGAACUGUUGGAAGUCCUUUAUAAUGUUUACACUUAAACGUAUAUUUAUUCUUUUUAUAAGUCUCGUCACUGUUACGGCAAACCAGCUGCCGCUACCUUCUCAUUUGUUGGCAACGUCACCUGAACCACCAUUUGUAGAAAUUCCUGGAAUUAAAAGCAGUUACAAUGCUUUGAUUGCAAGCGAUACCUUAAAUCUGCUGGCCGCGCGUCUUCAAUUUUCUUUGACUAUAACGCACCCGCCUGAUUUUCUGUUUGGAGGUUUCAAAAAUGGGCAAUGGGAUGGAAUCGUUGGGCAGCUUCUGCGAAAAGUAAAUUUUUUUGAAAUAUCCAGUAAGAAUUUCUUUUACUACAGAUUUUUUAUCAUUAAGGAAGCUGAUAUGGGGGCUAGUUUGAAUGCCAUAACUUACGCGCGAUACACCGCAGUCGAUUUCAGUGUCCCUGUGAUUUACGAUGUUACAGGAAUACUGAUUCCUUUUCCAGAUGAAACUUCAAAAAUCAUGGCGGCCUUUCUACCAUUCAGCAUAGAGGUGUGGAUAGCUUUCAUCUCCUCCACCUUUCUGGUUUACUUUACUUUAUUAAUUGAAGGAAAGAUAAAUUCGAGCAGAAAAAAAUUUGGAGACCAUGCAAUGUGGGUUGUAGGCAUCAUUACUGGUCAAGGUGUUGGAUAUAAUGAAAAUCGCUUGGGUUUGCGUCUUGCAGCGGCCACAUGGUGUUUAACGAUGGUAGUAUUCAUAUACGUUUACACUGGGGUGCUUACGGCUUUGUUAGCUGUUCCCAACUACGUUCCUAUAAUAAAUACUUUAGAUGAAUUAGCUACGAGCUCCACCAUCAAGCCGGUCACGAUUAAGAGUACCGCAGUCGAUGAUAUCAUGCUGAAUGCCAAAAAUGGUACCUAUAAACUAAUCGGCGACACCUUUCGCAAAUACCCAAAUGAAACUUUAGUAGCCAACACUUUAAUUGGUGUUCAACGUGCAGUCGAAGGAAAAUAUGGAUUUUUAGAGCCACGAAUGUCCCUUUUGUCGCUGAUGGAAAACGAUCGCAAGGAACACAACAGUUGUCGUGUAACUUUGGCUAAACAAACAUUUUAUCCUCGUGCUUUCGCAUACUUUUUGCCAAAGAAAAGUCCGUUUAAAGAUGCAUUUGAUCGACAGAUAUUGUUGAUGCAACAGUAUGGAUUCAUUAUUCAUUUCCAGACGAAAAUUGUUCUGCAGAGCAAUCGCUGCCUGUUGCUUAAAAAGAAAGUUCGAAGCCGUCCCCCUAUUUUUACUUUGAAUCAUGUUAGUAGUUCAUUCGUCAUUCUUGUUUUUGGUUAUGCCGUCUCAUUUUUGUGUUUCAUCUUUGAGAACAUGUGGAAUCUUAUCGACUAUCUCUACGAUUUUUAAAAGGCAAUUUACGUUGAGUAGUCAAAUUACGACGUAGUGUAAAAGUUAAAGUAGAGUUCGCCAUUUCUUACAUAGGUACAAUAAAUGGAAAAUACACGUAGCGUAACAUAAGAAAAGUAUAGGAGAAGUUGUAUUUCUUUACACGCAAGCGCUGCACGCCGUGAAAUUGUCGAUAU